AUGAACUACCAUCUCCUCAUCUCCCUUCUCAUCCCUCUAAUCACUACACAAAUCAUCGACCCCCUUCCACACUAUCCCCAAACCCUCCAUCUCUACUACCCCAACACCCCAUGGAUCCAACCCGGCGACACCCUCCAAAUACUCGACACGAAGCCCCUCCCAAUCCUCAGCACCCAGCACCCUCCCCUUCACCAAACGUACACCAUCCUCUUCCUCGACCUCGACGUCCUCUACAACCACACCACAGCAACCGUCAUCCUGCACUGGUACCAGCCCGACCUAAUCCCAUACCCCAACAACACCAACAUCCUCCUCCCAAACCCCCAAGUACCAACCAGAAAACCAGCACCCUACAUCGCCCCCCAACCCCCUACCAACUCUCACCACAGAUACCUCUACCUCCUGUACACUCAACCACCCAACUACACCUUCCCCGAAUGUUUCGAGCACAUAUUCCCCCCUACAGCGGAGGCACGAGCAGGAUUCGAUAUGAAAAUCUUCACAGAUGCAGCGGGGCUGGGGACGCCCGUAGCGGGAAAUUGGUUUUACGUUAGAAAUGAGGUGGACUUGCCUACUGGGAGUGGUAGUGGGAGUAAAGGAGGAGUUGCUACGUCUACAAGUAUGAAUACGGCUACAACGACGACGACUUCGAUGAGGUGGGUUGAAUGCGAUUUGAGCAGCAGCAGCAGCAGCAGCAGCAGCAGCAUUAGUACUUCUGUUCUCACUACCAGUACUGCUAUUGUUGCUACAACUACCACAACUCAUCGACCCACCGAUUCCCCGACAGAAACCACGCUAGCAAUGAGUAACAACAUCGACGAAAGCCAGGUCCAGGCCCAGGCCCGACUCAGCUAG